AUGGCGGAAGAUAGCUCUGGCGGUGCACUUGGCAUCGAGAAACAGCUACGGGCGGCCGCGCAAGAACCGGCGGCAGCUAACUCCGGGAUCGUUGAAUCCAUCGAGACCUCGAAGCCGACAGAUGCGCCUGUCAGCCAAGUUACUGACGUGCAAUGGAAGGCAAUGUCAGAUGUUCUUACGACUAUAUACAACUAUAGGGAGCAAGAUGGCCACGACCCUUCGAAGCUCUUCCAGCGGAGCGUCAAUAAGCGCAAUGUGCCAGACUAUUACGAUGUGAUUAAGGAACCAAUGGCCCUUAGCGUGCUGAAGCAGAAAAUCAAGAACAAGUCUUAUGUCCAAUUUGCAGACUUCGUUAGGGACUGUGCUUUGAUCCCGCAUAAUGCGCAAACAUAUAAUCGUCCAAAGUCGAUGGCGUAUGAGGAUGCGCUCGUUAUCAAAGACGUUAUGACAACCGAAUUUCGAAAGCUUGCGGAACAGGAUAUUAUUACCGCUGAAAUAGCCGAGCUCCCCGAUCUUGGGGAAAUCCCAGAAGCAGAUCCCCUCCCGGUUGAAGAGGAGGAGGAAGACGAAGAGGAGGACGAGGACGACGAAGAAGCUGAUGAUUCGGACGAAGAUGGUGCCCGACGGAAACGUAAACGUGGACCCCGCGGCAACUCCAAACGAGAAAGUGGAGCGAAGGAUGACCUCCAAAAGGGUACUGAUCUGGACGCUCGCAAGAAGCGUGGCCGGCCCCCGCGCGUCGACACACCAAUGGAAGCGAGAAUCAAGGCUGUUCUCAAGGGAAUCCGUAAACUUAAGGACAACAGCGGACAGCUGAAAGUUCGGCAUUUCGAGCGCUUGCCUGAUAAAGCUGCAUAUCCGGAUUAUUAUGUGGAAAUAAAGGAGCCGCUGGCUAUAGACCUUAUCAAGAGGAAGUCUAAGAGGAAGAAGUACAACUCUGUCGACCACUUUAUGAGGGAUGUCGACGUCAUGUUCAACAACGCGAGAGUAUACAAUCUCCCCGAGAGUCAAAUAUACAGAGAUGCUGAUGACCUGCAUCGAGAAGCGCAUAGGCUUGCAGAGCAGGAGAAGAACAAGCCGGAUAGCGAAUACUUGAUGGAGGAUGGGCGUCUGCCUUUACCAAACGGGAUUUCGUACAAGGAUGAGAUCUGGCGGGUUGGUGACUGGGUUCACAUUCAGAAUCCAAACGAUGCCACAAAGCCUAUUGUUGCUCAGCUGUAUCGAACCUGGCAGGAUUCCGAAGGCGAGAAAUGGGUAAAUGCCUGCUGGUACUACCGACCGGAGCAAACCAUUCAUCAUUUUGAGAAACAUUUCUUUCCGAACGAGGUCGUGAAGACCGGCCAGUAUCGAGAUCAUCGGAUCGAUGAGGUGGUCGACAGGUGUUUUGUCAUGUUCUUUACACGCUACAAUCGCGGGCGCCCACGAGGACUUGCACACAAUAAGGAGGUUUACGUUUGCGAAGCCAGAUACAAUGAAGAAAAGCACAAACUGAACAAGAUCAAAACAUGGGCUAGUUGUCUGCCUGAUGAAGUGCGGGAAAAGGACUACGAGAUGGACCUUUUCGAUGCGCCUAGGAAAAUCAAGAAGAUACCGAGCCCUAUCAGACAUCUACUUAAGGACGAUGCCAAAGAGACGGAUGAUCUCCCAAAGCCGACUUGGGGUGCUGAGAAUGCACCGCCCAUCGUUGGAGCUGUCCACUGCCGGCCGCGUGACGAAAACGAAUCUCCUCCUCCCGAACCAACACCAUCUCCUCCACCACCACAGCUUCAACCCCCUACACCUCUAGCAAUGCCGAAUAGACAGCCACCCUUGCCUCAGCCUCAGCCCCCUCUUCAACACAUGCCCGGUCAGGAUCAUAUGCGUAACAAUUCCAUCCCACCUCUUCCCGGCCGUCUACCCCAUCCUCCCCAUCUCGCUGCCACUCCCCAGCCACCAAUGAUGCCAGGUAGGCCUCACCCAUAUCACCCAGCACCCCCGAACAUACCCAUGUUCCCAGUUGGCCACCCCGGUCGGCCACCCCCGGUUCUCCCACAAACGCCGCAACCUCCGUACCAAGUCCCUCAACCAGCACAACCUUACUCUGUACCACAUAAUUUCCCUUCAUACCAAGGGAGUCGCCUCCCUCAAGCACCCAUACCGCCACCUAUCUACAACCCCAAUGCGCCACGGAGUGUAGAAACAUUCCAUCUACGUGGCGGGCUAGACCAAUCAAUCCCAAAGGAAAUACGCGAUCAGUUCCAAAAAGAUGACAAAGGCCGUGUUCUUUUCUUCGGUGUCCCACCGCUCGAUGUGGUUCCAGCCAGUCAUCAGGGGCUAAGCCACUCGCUCAAGUAUCUAGCGUCCAAAGAAAGACGGCAAAAGAUGAUCGACGAUGCGAGUAAUAAAACAUCAGAGGGCUCAGAGCAGCACCAGGAUAAGAAGCAAAAGGUUGAGUCGCAAACUACGACAGGCAGCAAGGCCGAAGAGAAGGCAAAGUUUGAAGCAGAGGCCCUGCGAACCAUUACAGAGUCUAUCCGCAAGAACAACGCAGAUUUCUAUCAACUCCACUAUGGCGAUAAGGCAACUGCUGUUAUGAAGGAAGACCUUGGAGUGCUGGAAGCUAAAUGUGCUACUGUUUCUCCCGGGGUCAAGGAACAAAUACCAAUGUUUGCCUCGUGCGAGCCGACAAUAGGCUUCAAGGGCAAUUUCAGGGGCUCGGAUUGA